UUAAAACCGAAAUCCACACACGCACAAUACAGAGUGUGAUAGAACGCCGAGACCGAACAAACUCGAGUUACACAAUCCAUUCCUAAUUUAACCUUUCGAUAGCGGAAUAAAUCGAUAAAAUGAGGCCCACGGUGACGCCUUGCGAGGAUUUCAACGCGGAGGAGGACGCCAAGGCGCUGAAGAAGGCAUUCAAAGGCUUCGGUACCGAUGAGGAUGCUGUUAUAGAAAUUAUCACUAAGAGGAGUAACGAGCAACGAAGGGAAAUCGCCACUGUGUACAAGACUAUGUACGGCAAGGACCUGGUGAAGGACCUGCGCAGCGAGCUGCGCGGCCACUUCGAGGACGUCAUCGUGGCCCUGAUGCUGGAGCCGGUGGAGUUCCAGGCCAAGGAGCUGCACCGGGCCGUCAGCGGCCUCGGCACCGACGAGCUCUCCAUCGUGGAGAUACUGGGAGUGCACGACAACGACGAGGUCGUCGCCAUAUCCAACGCCUACGAAGGCCUGUACCAAACCUCAUUGGAGUCGGACAUCAAGGGCGACACCUCGGGCACGCUGAAGAGGCUCCUCGUCGGGCUAUCUACAGGAAGAAGGGAUGAAUCGUGCGAUGUGAAUGAAGAAGCGGCUGUUAAAGACGCCCAAGCGCUUCUUCAAGCUGGGGAGUUAUUAUUCGCCGGUACUGAAGAGUCUGUGUUCAAUUCCGUCCUUUGCCAGAGGGCCAGGUGUCAAUUGCGCUUGAUUUUCGAUGCUUACAACAACCUAGUCGGUCACCCCAUCGAGAAGGCUAUUAAAAACGAAUUCUCGGGUACUGUAAAGGAUGCGUUGUUGCAGCUUAUCGAGUGCGUGAGGGACAGGACGAGUUAUUUGGCGACCAGGUUGCACGAUUCUAUGGCAGGAAUCGGUACAGACGACAGGACUCUAAUUAGGAUAGUGGUGUCGAGGUCUGAGAAGGACUUGGAGGAUAUUAAGGAGGUUUACUACGAGAAAUACGGGAAAUCGUUGGCUGAAAGAAUAGCGGAUGAAGAAGAAGUACCGUCAGAUGUGAAGAAAGUUUUGAUGCAGUUGUUGUUGUAAUGGUGUUUAUUGUAAAAUAAUUUUUUAUAUUUCAUAUAUUGCUCAAUAAAUAAACUUAUUUUUUUGAAUGAAA